ACAUUGAGCGAACAAACCCCCAUGCGAGAAGCGGCGAGCGGCGUAUCUUGACUGAGGAACCGGAGCGAUUAAUUUUUGGUGCCAUUGAGGGAAAACAUUGCGCGUCUUUGGAGAAGAUAGCUGCGCUUCUAAGUUUAAACAGGCUGACAAGACCUGGUGGCAGCAGCAAUGUCAUUCUGCUGCGCAUUGAGCAAUGAGACGCCAGAGCAACCGGUGGUGUCCCCAGCGUCUGGAAAUGUGUUCGAACGCCGUCUCAUUGCAAAGUAUGUCCGGGAACAUGGCACAGACCCUAUCAAUGGCCAGCCACUGACAGAAGAUAUGCUUAUUGAUCUGAAGGUUGCUCCAAUAGCCAAGCCACGGCCACCCUCUGCUACGAGUGUGCCUGCCUUGCUAAAGGCUUUGCAGGAUGAGUGGGAUGCUGUGAUGUUGCACAGUUUUUCCUUGCGGCAGCAAUUGCAGACAGCACGCCAGGAGCUUUCACACACACUGUACCAGCAUGAUGCUGCCUGCCGUGUCAUCGCCCGUCUCACUAAGGAAGUGACAGCUGCCCGAGAGGCCUUGGCCACACUCAAACCCCAAGCUGCAGGUGGUGGUGCUGCUGCAGGAGCUGCCGUGGAAGCUGUGGCUAUGGAGACGACUGAGGAGGCUGGUGGCAUGACUGCCGAGGUGGUGCGCCGUCUGCAAGAGAAGGCUGCUUUGCUCACAGCACAGCGAAAGAAACGUGGCAAGGCCAUUCCUGAAGACUUAGCCAAGCCUGAAGAGCUUCGGGCCUACCAAACGUUGGGUUCACACCCAGGCCUGCAUAGUGCUGGCCUGCCGGGCAUCCUAGCCUUAGAUGUGAGCCCAACUGACCGUAUCCUCACAGGUGGCAGUGACCGAAAUGCAGCUGUCUUCAAUAAGGACACUGAACAAGUGGUAGCUGUCCUGAAAGGUCACACAAAGAAGGUGACAUCAGUGGUAUUCCACCCAGAUGAAGACACAGCAGUGACAGCAUCACCAGACACCACAGUGCGUGUCUGGCACAUCCCGUCUGCACAGACAACUCAGAUUAUUCGUGCUCACGAGGGACCAGUAACUGGGCUUAGCUUGCACGCAACCGGUGACUACCUGCUGUCAACGUCAACUGACCAGCAUUGGGCUUUCUCUGACCUUCACACUGGCCGUGUGCUGGCUCGUGUGCUUGACAAUUGUGGCCUAACAGCAGCCGAGUUCCAUCCUGAUGGUCUAAUUUUAGGCACAGGCACAUCAGAUGCCUUAGUCAAGAUUUGGGAUUUGAAAGAGCGCACUAAUGUCGCAAACUUCCCAGGUCACUCAGGCUCCAUCACAGCACUGGCAUUUUCAGAAAACGGAUAUUACCUGGCCACAGCAGCAGGGGAUGCUGCUGUAAAGCUGUGGGAUUUGCGUAAGCUGAAGAACUUUAGAACUAUUGUCCUGGAAGACGGCUAUGAAGUGCGGGAUUUGUACUUCGACCAGAGUGGUACCUACCUGGCAGUGGCAGGAACAGAUGUCCGUCUCUACCUUUGCAAACAGUGGGACACACUGAAGGUAUUUUCAGACCACACAGCUUUGGCAACAGGUGUGCGAUUCACUCACCGUGCCCGCAACGUGGCCUCGGUCUCCAUGGAUCGUACCCUCAAGAUUUACGGGUUAUCAUAGGAAGCACAGGGCUGACACCCUGCCAGUCAUUUUUUUCCCAGACAAGCAGCAUUUGCCAUCCAAGUCCAGAAGACUUCAUCCCUUUACAUUUUAUUCUAAUAAAGUUACUUCUAAAGCAUCA